CAUGGCUGCCGUAGACCCGACGGAGUCUCCAAAACGACAGAAAUCCCCUGCGGAGGAGGAGGGAACAUGUGGGGGGAAGACGGAGACGGUAGGGUCGGGAUGCAGCUUAAAUGAAAAAGAUGAAACUACUGUUAAUAACACCACGGAGGGCUCCGAAGAAGUGCAGAGAGCCAGUCCGGGCAACGAAGGCGGCGGUAUUGCCAGCCAUUCCGAGGUUAGUGUCGAGUCCGGUGCUGGAGCCGAUAAAACGACAUGCAGUUCACCGGAAAACCCACCGACGGCCGAAAAAAACACCGAGGCUCCUGGCAGAGAGCAGCGGGACUUCGACUGGUCAGAAACCGAAGAAUGCGAUGGGGAGGCGCCAAAACAUGAGCAGGAAAAUGAUAAGAGUGACCUCAAAAAUGUAACAGAGAAAGCUGAAGAGGUGCAGCAGCAUAUAAGCGAUGGUGAAACCACAGAUGAUGCAGAGGAGAUUACUGAUGAAGAGGGAAACUCCCAUGCCAAUGCAAAGAAGAAAGAGCUGGUGGGAGAAACUGAUGGGAUUGAGUAUGCUGGUGAAGAUGAUGAGGAGGCAGACCAAGGGGAGGAGGCUGAUCUGUCAGCUAAGCCAAAACAGUGCCGUUUGGUGUGUAAGGAGUGCGGGAAGAAGUUUACCCGGCGUGAGACGUUCAACCUUCACCGCCACUUCCAUGCACACGAGGAUGAGCUCACGCCCCUCACCUGUAAAGAAUGCGGCCUUACCUUUCAACACCGCAGCAGCCUCAUUAAACACAGGAACGAACACAGAGCGAAGGAGGAGCAACUUCUUGUUCCAAAGAAGGAGGUUCAAACUAUGGAGUUGGGCAACUUUGAAUGUGCAGAAUGUGAGAGGAUCUUCUCUACAGUGGGUAAACUUAGAGACCACAACUGCUGCAACACUGUAGAAAAGCCUUACCACUGCCCCCUGUGCCGCCAGGAGUUCCAGUUCAAGGUGUCCGUCACUAAGCACAUGCUGACCCACUCCCAGGAGAGUAACUUUACAUGCCAAGAGUGCAGUCAAACUUUCCCAAACAACAUGGCCCUACGUUACCACCAGCGGUGUCACACCGCCCUGAAACCCUAUGAAUGUCCUGAGUGUGGCAUGGUCUUCAAACACUACUCGGUCAUGGAGGGUCACCGCCGCAAGCACACGGACAGCACCCGACCUCACCUGUGUAACAUCUGUGGUAAGACUUUCAAAUACAGCAGCCUCCUCCAUCAGCAUCAGUACCUGCACACAGGCCAGAAACCCUUUCGCUGCCCCGAAUGUGGCAAAAAAUUUGCCUUUGCUCAGAACAUGAAGGCCCACUGCCGCCAGCAUAGACGACAAGAAACCAACACCUCCACUGAGCAGGCAAGCAAGCAGGGCUCUGUUUCAACACAGGAGGCAGUUAGAAGUAAGGGUAAAGAAAACACACACCAGACUGAGGAACCCAAACGUACAUUCAACUGCCCCCUUUGUCCCCAGACAUUCUUGGCACCAGCUAGCCUCAGGGCCCACAUGCUAAUUCAUGAGGCAGAGUACGAGAAGCUGGAGAGAAAUCCCAGACACCAAACUGAGAUUAACAAGGUCUGGGAGAAAGGACUCACCUGUCCACACUGCCCAGGUAUUUUUCGUGAUGAAUCCUCUUUAAAUGUUCAUGUGUUAAGUGUCCACAAGUCUGUAGCACAAUUAGUAGAAGAGGCACCAACCCCGCCCAAAAAACAAUUCAUUCCUAUGAGCAGUGGCUUACAGGGCAAAUGGAAAAUUGAAGGUCUUAAGUCUUAUAAAUGUACUGAGUGUGCCAAAACUUUCCGCCACCGCUCUGUGUUAGAGCUGCAUAUGCGCAUACAUUCCAAGGACAAGCCUUAUCUGUGCAAAGUGUGCGGCAAGGGCUUUAGAUUCAGUAGCUACUUACAACAGCAUCUCAUCAUCCAUACAGGCAAGAAGCCAUACAAAUGUCCCGACUGUGGGAAGGACUUUGCCUUUAUGCAGAACAUGAAAACACACCAGAGGUUGCACCAGGAAAAACCUUUUCGCUGUACCAGCUGCCGCAAAGGCUACAGCGAUGAGACCCAACUGCAGCAGCAUAUGCUAUCACACAAUGGUGACAAACCUCACAAGUGUGACCAGUGCGACAAAAGCUUUGGAUUAGCCUAUCUGCUGCGUGAUCACAUGAACACACACACAGGGGAGAGACCACAUCACUGCAAUGAGUGUGACAAAUCCUUUUCCUGGUUUAGCAGCCUGCUUGUACACCAGAAGAUCCACGCUCGCAAGCGCCAGACUUUCAGCCAGUAUAAUUCAUUCCCCAUUGCUAGUAGAAUGAGAGGCAGUAGCAGCAGGGGGAGGAGGGGGGAGAGAUGGGGCUGGUCGAGGCAGUUAGGCGGCUCAGGGUUGGUUAGCUCUCAGCCUUCCCUGUAUCCGGUUUCUGUACAGAGAGAUGCUGAGCUACAUAGGGCAGUCCAGGUACAGUCUUCCAUGCUCUCAUCUCGCAUGGAUUUACAAAGCAGACAGCAAAAAGAGCCAUGGCUGCCUGACCUUCAACCUCAACCUGUGCAGUGGAAGGUCGAUGGGGGGGAGGUAAUGCCUGUCCCAUCAUCACAGCAGCAGCAGCAUGCAGCUCCACUGCAGACACAGUUUGAAAGCCCACCACUUUCAGGUCUGCAGCAGCACCAUCAGAGGAAUCCAGCCUGGGCAGAGAGCCCCUCAAUAUCUCAGGCAGUCUCCUCGUCUGCCCAGAGCUCAGAGUCAUCACACAUGAAAGAAAGUUCAGUUUCUGUUCUCAGCCCCUUCCUCACAGGUGUGCCACAAAAAUCCAGUCCCUCAAGGGUGGGCGAGAUGGAGCAGCAGAGGCAGCUGAAACCUGUUACUUGGAGCAGCCCACCCACAUCCUCAGUGCUAGCUUCCACAAGCUCUUUGCAGCAUGAUUUCUCUGUUCCUUCCUACAUAGACGGGGCUCUGUGGAGUGUCAGGCCUACUAUGCUUGCCAAUUCGCAGAACUCUCCAAAUAAGCUUGGUCAAGAGCUUCAGUUGCCAAGAUGGUCAGGUGCCCCUGUGUCAACACAAAAGGAGCCAUCCACACCUCCUAAAAAAGAGGACAGUAGAGCAUGGGACCUGAGUAAUCCUCAAGUUAUACCCUCGACUGUUAGCCAACCAGAGAAGCCGUGGAACGGCUGUGAGCUGCAAAACCAGUGGAUACCAAGCUUGGCAGGUGUGCCCACGUCAGCUCAAAUGGACCAAAGCAGUGCAAUGCCAAUUUCAACUCCUGUUUCGCACGGGGUAGGUAGCACCUUGUGGGAUAUACAAACACCACCAGGUAUACCAAAGACUAUAAACUCUGAGAAAUUAGUAAAUAACCAAGAUUUUCAGCCACAGCAAAAGCAGGUAUCACCCAGCUGGGCAAGCGUACAGAGCCAGGCAUCACAGAAGGUUCCAAUCUCCAUUCAGUAUGAGCCUCAUCGUUUUGGCCAGGGGGUAGGAACUCCAGUGUGGGGCUUCCAGAGUAAUCCAGUGGGUCCACAAACACUGCUCACCGGGCAACUCAAACCAGGGAAUGGACCGGAGCUGCAGCAACAGCCAAUGGUAAAAGGAACUCAAAUAAUCAUAAAUCAGCCUUCUCCCUUUUUCUCCCCUUCACUAGCUCCACUCCCUCCUCCUCCUCUAGCUCUGCCCAGCCCACACCCUCUUCACUCUGUCGCUGUUGGUGCACUUCCAAGACCGCCACACCCAAAUAUUUUUUUCACACCACAGGCAGUCAUGAGCGAGAGGCCACACAUGCCACAGACCCUGCCCCUACCUCAGCUUUCCCCUCGGACAGAGCCUCACAAGCUCGGACCCCGUUUGCCUUUUGCCCCAGAACGGCUCCUUCAGUGCAUGAUAUGUGGGUGCUCUCUGCCACGGGAGCUGGAUCUACAAAUGCAUUACUUGCAACAUGCACAAGGAGAGAUUUGACAUUUAUAUAUUAGCAGCAAAACUUAGUUACGUUUUUUAUAUAUUUUAUCCUGAUGGAGCCUUGUCUAUUUGACCCUCAGUUGUGUUGUUUGGCCAGGUAUGUGGGCAUUAGAAAAAAAGUGAAACUUGAUUUACUCUGCACACUUGAUGCCCAUUUGUAAUAGAAGGUGUAUAUAUGUGCCAUUUAACUACUUUCAUCAUCUUUUUAGGCAUUUAGGUUAUCCAGAUGCUGACUGGUUUAAACAACUCCAGAGGGUGCAGAUUAUUGAGGUUCCACAGUCUGCAUUUCAUUUAUUGCCAACAACGUUUAGAUUUAGACAAUAUUAGUACUUUUUUAGCUCUGUUCAUAUGUCUCUGAAACUGUGUUCCUUCAUGUACAGUAUACUGUGUGCCUUUUAUGAGUACAGUCUGCAUGUCUGCUGUCUUGGUAUUCUAGGCCUAGUUUGUGCUUAAAGUAGACUCAACAAUGUGACCUCACUCCCAGAACACAAAUUAUCUCCAAUAUCCUGUAAAGACUUGUUUGUUUGCAUUUGAUGAGGGAAGGGGGCUGGUUGUUUGGCCCACAGAUAGCAUGUGUCAGAAUAAAAGCUGACCGUAUGCAUCACAGCUGUAUUAGGAGGCACUAGUGUUCCCAGGGCUAAUGUUCAAGUAUCUUAUAAGUUAACAUCAUAGUAAUUUAAUGAGAGCAGAAAUUUGUGUUAGCUAACGGGGUGUUACGACCUUUCACAGUAAAUUUUCUGCAAAUGUAACUCUUGAGAUUGGAAGCAAAAGGGAGGAGGUGGCUUCAUGAUCAUCGACGACACUGUUACUACACAGGGACUUUUAAUUAAAGUUAGAGUUCUGUCAUAAUUUGUUGUUAGUAUUUUGAAAAUGGCAAUACGAAAACAAAGCUGGUGAUAUGAAAUGGAUGUUUGAUGUUUAUCAGUCCCUUUUCAGAUGGUGUGUCAUGACUCACAUACUUGAUAAUUCUAUUUAAAUUAAUUCUGGGCAGCACUACAUGGCACCUACAGUAAAUCAAGGAUUGACACAUUUUACAUCUGUUAACAGAAGGAGUAUUUGAGGUUUGAAAAUAUCAUUGUUUAUACAAUAAUGACUGCUUUAAGUACAAUUCAUUGUGUUUUUUUGUGUAUACUGAAUGACUUCAUUCCAUAACUGUAGAUUUAGCUGAGUACACAGUCCUGUCUCCUCUAACAAUAAUGGGCAUUUGAGUAGCUUUGGCGGCCCAAAAACUGACUGAAAAUCUUCAUUACUACUGUAAAAUAAACACAAGGUCCAUUUGUUUAAAAAUAACUGUCCCUGUGUGUCUUGACCUUCAGAGUCUGAAGGUUAAAAAAACAUGCCCUUCUACCUCUAUCCACUGUUUAAGCAUGGAAAGACAUAGAAAUUUCCCAUGAUGUCUCUACAUAUUGGAUUAAAUAAA